GAAGCACCUUAAUCAAUCUAACUCAUAUAGACAAUAAUAUAAACUAUUUACUCAUGAUUUUUGCUCAUUAUAUCCUUUAAUUCGAGUUAGCCAAUGAUAAUCAGGUUUGCCUCAGUUAGAGUGUGUAUCACUUUUUCAGAUAAAUCCUGAGUUUGAAUCUUUCUGCCCCUCCUCUAGUCUUUCCCUUCUCUCAGCCUGCCCCGUACUCAAAAAAAUAUUACUUCUAUUUGAGUUAGCCAAUGCCAAUCAUUAAUACUUUUGUAUGCUUUAAAACAAACCAUUCUGUUCUAAGAUCAUGAUAUACCUUCCCUAUACAACUCAUUUCAUAUGUUGUAUAUCACCCUAACCAAACAGGCCCCAAUAUCAACAUAAAAGCCAAUUAUUUUCUAUAAUUAUUCAAGUUUUUCGAUUAAAUGGGAUCAAUGGAACGAUCAAAGAAGCGCGUUCAUAUAUGGAAGAAAGCAGUAUUUCAUUUCUUGCUGUGUUUUGUGAUGGGAUUCUUUACUGGCUUUGCUCCUACUGGUAAAUCUUGUUUUACUAGUCUUAAAUCAUUUGGUACAUUCUAUAACCAGUGUAUUGAUGUUGCACCAAGGCCAAACGUCAGCGGUUCUUCAAACCGAAGCCUGUCAGAAUCUCCGAUCAGUAGUAGUACGAUGGAUGAUGCUGAUUCAGUUGAGGAAAUUGACGAUCAAAGUAAUGAAAUGCGCGAUGAAUGGAAUCCGAGGAGACAGAUUAUAGUGAUCACUCCUACUAAUGAUAAGGAUCCCUUAAGGGGUGUGUUACUGAGUAGGUUAGCUAAUACUCUUAGGUUGGUGCCUCCUCCACUGUUGUGGAUUGUGGUGGAGUCACAUUUGGAGUCUUCUGAUGUAUCAGAGAUACUUAGGAGGACUGGGGUGAUGUAUAGGCACUUGGUUUAUAAGCAGAAUUUUACUGACACUAGAGCUGAAAUCGAUCACCAACGCAAUCUCGCUCUUAAACAUGUUGAACUUCAUCGGUUAAGUGGAAUUGUACAUUUUGCUGGACUCUCUAAUGUCUAUGAUCUCUCGUUCUUCGAUGACAUUCGAGAAAUCGAGGCAUUUGGAACAUGGCCACUGGCAAAACUGUCAAGGAAGAGAAAGAAAAUGAUAAUAGAAGGGCCAGUAUGUGACGCUUCCCAAGUGGUAGGAUGGCAUCUCAACAACCUAAAUAAAGAAGCAUAUAAAUCAGCCCUCCACAUCUCUAGUUUUGGUUUCAAUAGUUCCAUCCUUUGGGAUCCUGAAAGAUGGGGUCGUCUCCCUUCUGCAGAAGCCACCAAACAGAAUUCCCUUCAAUUUGUGAAACAAGCAGUUACAGAAGAUGAGAGCAAAAUUAAGGGAGUACCAUCAGAAGAUUGUUCCAAAGUAAACAUUUGGCAGCUCCAUUUGUCUUCCAAGAUUGUACAACUUCAUCAUGCUUCAGAAUCUACCUUUGAUGAUGGCCAAAGAUAAUGAACCACAAAUAUACAGGGGCAUUUUUUUUUACUAUUUUUUUUGACAGUAAAUACAGAGGAUUCUUACCAUUCAUUCUUAAGAUAUACCUUUCUGUAUUCGUCCUGUUGGCAUAAAUCUUGUAUAAUGGAUUCAGUACAUUUUUUGUAAUCAGUUGUUGGAUAAAUUCUUUGGACAUAGCAAUGUAAUUUACAACUUGAAUAUUUCAACUUAACAACAAUAAUUUGUUACCCUAAUGUCACUAAGUGGCUCCCACCUAAGCAGGGUUUCAGGGAUUAGAUGUACGUAGCUUGACCCUUGUUAAUGAUAACAAAGAGGUUCUUUCCGAUUGACACUGGUAACAAAUAUCAUAUGUAACUUCACAUAAAUAAAAAGUGCAUAUAAUUUAAUGAGUCAUCCGAAGGGUGAAAGGGAAGU